GACGGUGCCGUCGGGCCGGAGUGCCGGACCCAGCCCGGUCCAGUGGGCCCCAAGCCUUUCGUUCGCCACGCCGUGCGGAAUGGGCGCCCCCACCGCCCGCUGACCCCCUCCGCCUCCGGCGACCCGGACCCCGGCCGGCGAAAUGGCGGCGUGGUGCCCCGCCGAGUCCACCAAGCCGGUCUUCGUUGGGAUCUACGGCGCCGUCCUCGGCAGCUUCGCUGUCUCUGCCCUCUUCUUCCUCUUCUCCUCCUUCUCCCUCUCCGCGCUCCCGCUCCCCCUCCCCACCGCCGCCACCACCACCACCAACCUCUCCGCUGCCCCCGCCCAGCCGGAGACCAUGUACAACCGCGCCAUCUGGAAACCCCCGCCUCGGGGAGCUCGGAUGCCCCCGCCGCCGGCAUUCCGGCUCUCACGGGACAUGGUCCGCGCCCGCGCCCGCGACGGCGUCAUCGUUGUCACCUUCGGCAACCACGCUUUCCUCGACUUCAUCCUCACCUGGGCGCGCCGCCUCACCGACCUCGGCGUUGACAACCUCCUCGUCGGCGCCAUGGACACCAAGCUGCUGCGGGAGCUCUACCUCCGGGGCGUGCCCGCCUUCGACAUGGGCAGCAGGAUGGCCACCGAGGACGCCGGGUGGGGUUCCCCCACCUUCCACAAGAUGGGCAGGGAGAAGGUGCUGCUCAUCAACGCGCUCCUGCCCUUCGGGUACGAGCUGCUCAUGUGCGACACGGACAUGGUGUGGCUCAAGAACCCAUUGCCCUACCUCGCCCGCUACCCCGACGCGGAUCUCCUCACGUCCAGCGAUCAGGUCAUACCCACGGUCACCGACGACAGCCUGGAGAACUGGAGAGAAGUUACUGGAGCAUUCAAUAUUGGCAUUUUCCAUUGGCGACCCACUGAACCAGCUAAAAGGCUGGCACAAGAUUGGAAAGAUCUAGUCUUAUCUGAUGAUAAGUUGUGGGACCAGAAUGCUUUUAAUGAUCUUGCACACAGAGUUUUUGGACAGUCAGUUGAAGGUGAAGAUGAUCUUGUAUAUUCUUAUGAUGGAAAACUGAAACUGGGAGUACUACCAGCAAGUAUAUUCUGCAAUGGCCAUACAUAUUUUGUGCAGGGCAUGCAUCAGCAGCUUCAUUUAAAACCAUAUGCUGUGCAUACUACUUUUCAGUAUGCAGGCACUGAAGGAAAGCGUCAUAGAUUGCGCGAGGCAAUGCUUUUUGUUGAUCAACUGUCAUAUUAUGACUCUCCAGGAGGUUUCCUAUCAUUUAAACCUAACAUUCCAAAAAGUUUGCUGUUAGAUGGCGCUCACACUGUUGAAUCUCAUUUUGCAUUGGUUAAUUAUCAGUUGAAGCAAAUAAGAACUGCACUUGCAAUUGCGUCCUUGCUAAAGCGGACACUGGUAAUGCCUCCAUUAUGGUGCAGGCUUGACAGAAUGUGGUUUGGACAUCCUGGAGUUAUGGAAGGAACAAUGACCAGACAACCUUUCCUCUGCCCAAUGGACCAUGUAUUUGAGGUACAGGUUAUGCUAAAGGACUUGCCCAAGGAAGAAUUUGGUCCAUAUAUUGAUUUCAGAGAGUACUCCUUUUUUGAGAAUCCGUCAUUUCCUAAACAGGCGAAAGAGUCAUUACUAGAGGUUCAACUCUGCGAUGAUCAUAGCUCCAGAUGCUCUGCAGCUAAUGGAACCAAUAAACACAGACCCCUUCUUUUACCAAGGAAUAGCACGGAACAAAAGCUGUUGAAUGUCUUCUCGUCAUAUAAGAAUGUCAAAAUCAUACAGUUCUCAUCUAUGGUUGAUGUGUUCCGAGGUUUUGCUGAUGCAGCUACCCAGACGAAGUUUCGGAAUCGUUUGAAGAGGUAUGUGGGCCUAUGGUGCUGCGUGCAGUUCCGUGAAAUAGGUCACAUAUAUUAUGAUAUGUACUGGGAUGAGAAACCAGGAUGGAAGCCACAACCCCCAGAGACUAGGGAAGAUGACCAUCCGCCUUUGUCAUGACAUCAGAUGUAAGUGGCUAACUACAGGUUCACUAAUAUCAGCAGAGCAGCCUGCUCCUUUCUGUUGGAAAUCCAUCGAUUUUUCAGGCCUACUUUUUGCUUUGAAGAAAAGAAAUGGUGAUCAGUUUUCUAGUUCUGUUCUUCAGUAGGUGAUUCACUUCUCGCCAAGCAGUAGCCCCCCUUCUCCAUUCCUUGUUCAGGUGGAUGGUUUACAUCAGACUAUAAGCAUGGACUCUGUUGAUAUAGGUUGAGGUAAAGUUUAGGUUGUGGUGCAUAACUCAAAAUCGCUGCAUCAUUCAUUUAGUUCACACACGCACCAGCUGCAGCCUGAAAAGGAGAAGGGGGCUUUGUUCUUAACUGCUGUGCAAAACGUGGUUGUAGCUGCUCUGAUUGUAAUUUUCAGAUAGUCUGGUUGGCACACAUGGUGACCAUGAACACGAGAGCACUUGGCCAAGCAGUCUGACGAAUUCGACUGAAGCGAGUCUCAGUGAAAAAACAACCUGUAACUGGUCCACAAUAUUUGGGCACUAAGCGAAGAUGUUUUCACUGGGAUAACUUCAUUACGUUUUUUGUCAAAUAUUUGAGAUGGUUUUAACAGAA